UUUGACAUGGUUCUUGACAAGUUGAAGGAAAUGGAUACAAAGAUGCAAGAACUGGACGCAAAGGGCAAGGAACUGGAUUCAAAGAUAAAUGCAGCAGAUGCCAAGGAGAACGAAACAGACGCAAAGAUAAAAGCAAUAGAAGAUAGGGAACAAGAAAUGAACUCCACACUGAACGACCUCAGAACUCGAGUGGAAAACUCCAAAGACGCCAUAAUUUCCACAACAACUAGCUAUCGGGGCCACAACUACUUACUCUCCAAACCAAUACUGGUUAACGUACAUGAAGCCAAUCGUCUGUGCCGGCUCUAUGGCGGGUAUUUGGCGGAGAUCAACGACAAGCAAGAAUUCCAGCACUUGGCGGACUUCUCCAACUCUUCUGUGUCAGGUUCUGUUUCUACAGGCGUCAUGCUGGGUGCUACAGACGAGGGUCAUGAGGGGAGGUGGACAUUUCUCACUUCUGGUGGCAAUAUGACGUCAUUUUUGUGGAAUGGCUCAGAGCCGAAUGGGGGACUGAGAGAAAACUGUUUGUUUAUGUGGUCAAACCAGAAGUUAAUGAUUGACUCUGCAUGUUUAAUAUAUACUUCAGGUUGGCAGUGGCGGUUCUUGUGCGAAGUUAAUGCCUAA